AUGCGUUUGGCUACUACACUACUGUCCGUGGGUGCCUUGAUCACCCAUGUUCAAUCCCUCUACUUCUACAUCGACGCCAGCUCGCCGAAAUGUUUCUUCGAGGAGCUGCCCAAGGAUACGCUGGUGGUCGGCCACUACACGACUGAGGAGUACGAUGACAAUAGGAGAAUGUGGUCAAAGCAUGAUGGUCUGAAUGUCUAUAUUUCAGUCGAUGAAGUAUUCGACAACGACCACCGCGUAGUAUCGCAAAAGGGCUCCGCCUCCGGCCGCUUCACCUUCAGCGCCGCAGACUCAGGCGAUCACAAAAUCUGCUUUACGGCUUCGUCGAAUUCUGGUGGAUCUGGCUGGCUCUCAGCCGCGCAACCCCAGGGAGGGAUCAAAUUGACUCUCGAUUUAGCUAUUGGAGAGACCAGCGCUAUUGAGAGCACGGAUAAGGGCAAGAUUCAGGACAUCGUACAGAAGGUUAAGGAUUUGAAUGGCCGGUUGCAGGAUAUUCGUCGGGAGCAGGUGUUUCAACGGGAACGGGAAGUCGAAUUCAGAGAUCAGUCUGAGACGACGAAUGCGAGGGUCGUUAGAUGGACUUUGCUUCAACUGGUUGUGCUGGGGAUUACUUGUGCUUGGCAGCUUUCGCAUCUUAGAUCGUUCUUCAUUAAGCAAAAGUUGACGUAG